AUGGCGAUCGUCCUAGCAUUACUCUUCAUCAAAGCUUGCGCCUGCAUAACUGUGCCGGUUAUACUUAUAGACCCACAGAGCGUUUUGCAUCCAGACAUCUCUAAGAACCCCUUCAAGGAUAUGUCAUCCGAUCAUUUCGCUGCUAUCGCUCUUGACGCAAUUCACAAAGGCGACGGCGUGCUCAUUUUCGUUGAAGAAAAACUUAGCGUUGAAGACAUUUCUUCUAGAGAUAAGCUUGGAAGUCCGUACUGUAAUAUACAUAAGAAUUUUGUAGAAGAUAACGCGAAAUAUAUGCCAAGAGUUAUAGAGCCUUUUAGGACUUUAGAGAAGGUUUUACCUCCGAGAAAAGAUAAUGUUAUGGCUGCUGCUAAUUAUUUGAGAUUGAAUGAUAGAUUGAAUUAUCAGUACAUACAUUUUGAGGAGGGUAAAUUCGUUAAUGAAACUAGAAUACAAAUGCUGAGGCGCCAUGAUGAUUUUAUUAAGGAUGCUUACACGAAUUUUCGUUCGAAGCGUAAAGGGCCAAUAAUUGCCUUUUACACGGGCAAGUCCAACCCCAUGCUGGACCCGCACCGGAAAUACAAGCGUCCCAGCCCCAGCAAGCGGGAGUCGCCCUCCGACACGAUCAUGUUGGUGACCGACCAGGCCCUCAUCCGGCUCUCUGAAGUAGUACACCACGAAGGGCCGAAACGUACGCACCUGGUCGGGCCGCGCGCGUCCACGCGCCGGUUCGCGACCCGGCGCGCCUCGACGCGCGUGUUCUACGAUGGAGACUUCGAGCUGGACUUCAACUUCGAGUAUCUGCGGGACGGCUGGCUGCUUGACAGCGUUGUCCUAUUGGAGGACGGCGAGGAGGUCGGACGAACGCCCAUGGGCGUCGGCGCGCCGUACGACUGGUCCUACUUCUGUUCCGAGCCUCUCAUUAUAGGCAACUCGAGGGACAAGAGCUAUGUCACCAUAUCCAAGUAUCAGGUGGAGCCUCUGCAAAUCAACUCGAGUUACCUAAAGUUACAAGAGCCAGAAGAUGGUGGUGAACCACAACCACCACCACCACCACCACCUGCAGAUGGUGGAUCAGACAAGACGAGCUUCACCAACACUCAGAGCUGCGGUACCAAUUUCAACUGUCACAUUCUAGCUGGUCUGUUCGUGGCGUUCUUGGUUAUAAGCAUCACGUUCGUCGGCAUCACCGUACUGUACGACUGCAAGAGCAACGACCGCAUGGACGACCCUACCCAGAAGCCUCUCGUUAUAGUUGCUCAGUUUUAG